AUGACUACAAUCAAAUUUACCCCUGGUUUUAAAUGUUUUAUGGAAACUAGUUUCUAUUCUAGGCUAAGAGAAAUAAAAUUGAACAAUUUAAAACUAUCUGAUGAAUAUAUUUCGUUAAACGGUGAUAUUGCUGAUACUAGUUCUAUACUAACACUAAAUUCAAACAAUUUUGAAGAAUGUAACCAUGGUUUGUCAGAUCAUUUGAAAAUGAAUGGUGUUUUGAAAAAUUUUAACACCGAACAGGAAUUUAUAACUUUAAACAAAUUAGAGUUUUUAAAACACUACUGUAUAGAUAACAUUUGGAAUACGAAUGACAUCCAACUUAUAAUUAAUAGUUUUGUUUUAAUAACAUUUGCGGAUUUAAAAAAAUAUACGUUAUUAUAUUGGGUUGCAUUCCCAGUAUUCCAAAUUGAAGGAUUGACUUUUGAGAUUACAAGCAAAGAAGUGUUUAAGGGCUGUGAAGAUGAUGACGAAUGCAUAAAGUUUAUCAUUGAAAAUCCGAGUGUUUGGUGCUUUUUACAAGAUGAGGAAACAAAGGGCUGUGAAAAUUUUUUGAUGAACGAAGUUUGCAACACCUUGUCAACCAAGAUUGUAUGCGUAAGAAACACGCUUAGUGAAAUAACAUAUCCACCUAGUUAUUUAAAGUCUGUUUUAUCUUUAUUGCAUAAAAACUCUCCUCAUAUAAAGUCCCUGAAGCUAAAAAUUAUUAGUGGAAACGGUAACAUAAUAAAAUAUGAUGUAAACUUAAUGUUGCAUACAAUCGACAAUGAUGGAAAAAAAUCACCACCCGCAGUAAAGGUUACAGGUUGGGAGAGGAAUAAUAGAGGUAAGCUUGGUCCUAAAUUCAUAGAUUUAAGUACCUUAUUAGAUCCGUUAAAAAUGAAUGAACAAAGUGUAGAUUUGAAUUUAAAGUUAAUGAAAUGGAGAAUAGAACCGGAUUUAAACUUGGAUAUUAUCAAGAGUAAAAAAGUUUUAUUAUUAGGUGCAGGAACUUUAGGUUGUUAUGUUGCUAGAACGUUGUUAAGUUGGGGAGUUCGUAAUUUUACGUUUGUCGAUAACGGUAGGGUUUCCCAUUCAAAUCCAGUUAGACAAUCGUUAUUUAAUUUUGAAGAUGUGGGCCAAUGGAAGGCUGAAGCGGCAGCUAAAAAUUUAAAAAAAAUUUUCCCACAGCUAAACACAGAAUCAUAUGUUCUGGAUAUCCCAAUGAUAGGCCAUCCACCCACAAACGAAGGAAAACAAAAAAAAGAUUAUGAGAAAUUAUAUCAACUUUUUCAACAAAAUGAUGCAAUCUUUUUAUUGGUUGAUUCGAGAGAAACAAGAUGGUUGCCAACUGUUAUGGGGAAAUCUUUUACAGACAAAGGUCAUGAAAAAAUAAUAAUAAACGCUGCUAUUGGAUUUAAUAGUUAUUUGGUUAUGAGACAUGGAAAUUUUGAAGAUAAGCUGGGUUGUUAUUUUUGUAACGACGUUGUCGCACCAAAUGACAGUUUAAGUGAUAGAACUUUGGACCAAAUGUGUACUGUGACUAGACCUGGAUGUGCACUAAUGGCAUCAUCUUUAGCAGUUGAAUUAUUCGUAUCCUAUCUACAAAAAAAUGUUUUGGGUGAACCCCAACAUCAAAUUAGAGGAUUUUUAAACGAUUUUUCGAUGAUUAAAUUACACACGCCUUCAUAUGAAUGUUGUUCUGCUUGUAGUUUGGAAAUUGUUGAAGAAUACAAAAGGCGAGGGUGGGAUUUUGUAUUGAGUGCGUUGAAGAAUUAUAAGGUAGUGGAAGAAUUAUCAGGAUUAGCUGAUGUUCAAAGGGAAAUGGAAAAGAAAUUGGAAUCAAUUAAUUUUGGUGAUUCUGAUGAUGAUGAGUUUGUUACUAUUGAUUAA